AUGAUGCAGUUCCUCAACGCAAUCCUCGUCUUUGCCUCGCUUGCAGUUGCCGCUCCUGCUGCGGAUGUGGCUGCCGCCCCUAUUGAGGCCAGAGCCGCACCCAGCCCAUGCUACUCUAACCAGAAGUUGACCUGGAACACGGGUCAGAUCCCCGGCGACGGAGGAUGGAUUUGCUACGAAACCCCAUCCGGCCCCUGCACUCAGUACUCCUGGAAGACGGACCUUCCUUACUACAGCUGCACCUAA